CUGAAACAUACAAACACAAUAUCAACAAUACUGUUGCAUCAGAGAGAUGGUUUUCAAGUUUGCCACCAUUGACCUCACCGAGGAUGUCGAUGUUUCCACUCUGUUUUUGCCGCCUCCUUCUCCAUCGUCGUCCACCAUUUGCCUGCCACUUGGCAAGAGCUUCACCCGAGCUAUGGCUGUUGCGGGCAGAGUCGCUGAAGGCGCUUCUCUUGGGUUCACUGCCUCUGCCGUUGAGGUUUCUUGUUGGAGGCAGCAGAAAUCCUCAGACAACUUGGAACUCCAAUCACUUCGGCCUCAGGUACAGCUUCGCAAAUUUACUUACCAGGAACUGAAAGUCGCAACUGGCAAUUUCAGCAAAGACAAUGUUUUGGGCCAAGGUGGGUUUGGUAAGGUCUACAGAGGAAUUUUGGUUGAUGGAUCUCUGGUGGCAAUAAAAAGAUGUGAACAACUAUUUGGCCAUGCUGAAGUGCAGGUUGGGAGUAUGGCCAUGCACCGGAAUUUGAUCCAAAUGCUGGGCUUUUGCGAUCCAACGGAACAACAAAAAGCCUUCAAGAAAAGAAAAGCAAGAACAGAACCAAGAGAAUACCUGCUGGUAUAUCCACUGGCCGUCAAUGGAAAUUUGGCUUCCCAUUUACGGGAGCGCCCUGCAUUGCAGCCCCCUCUCAAUUGGCCUACCCGGAUGCACAUUGCCUUAGGAGUAGCUAGAGGGCUCUCGUAUCUUCACGGGGGUUGCAGUCUUCAGAUAAUUCACCGUGACAUUAAGCCUUCAAACAUUUUGUUGGACGAGAACUUCAAACCUCUCAUUGCGGACUUCGGCUUGGCAAAAUUCAUGAAUCAUGAAGAUUGGAACCAGCAGCUCCAGAAGUUGAAAAGCGCUGGGGCACCACACCAAAUGGCUGAAACUGAAGCAGUGAACAACCAUGAGAGGUCUUUUUGGGCUCUGGAAAGAUCAGCAGAAUUACGCAGUACCUUUCGAUUAUGUGGUACUUAUGGAUAUAUGCCUCCGGAGUACGUGAUGCGAGGGGAAUUAUCAGCAAAGAAUGAUGUCUUCGCAUUCGGAAUGGUGCUCCUCGAGCUCGUCUCUGGUUUCAAGGUUCUUGAUCUUUUGUCGGAUCGUGCCAGAAAAGGAAUCAAUGAAUUCGAGUGGGUGAAAUAUCGUCUGGAACAUAACGAGUUGGGAGGUCUGAUUGACCCGAGCUUGAGGGGAGACUAUGACGAGAAUGAGGCGAAGAAGUUAGUCAAACUGGCUCUCUUCUGCAUCCAAUCUCCACCAACAAAACGACCCACGAUGUCAGAGGUCGUCCGAAUUCUCAAAGGAAGCUGCUUAGAUGAAAGAUGGGAGAGUGAAAAAGAGGGGCUAGCAGUUGAUAUCAGGCAAACUAGUUCUCAACCUUGCGGCACCGUCACUGACUCUGCAUCACAUCUUGAUCCAGAGGAACUGUCAGGACCGAGAUGAUGUCUUUGUCCUGCAAGCGAGCAGACUUAGCAUUAUAAAUUUAUUAUAGUCAUGCACUGGUCGAGAGAGUCGCGCUUCAGUUUUCUCUUGAUUUUAUUUCUUCAAUGUGUUGUUGUCAUCACUGUCAUUAAUUGAGAAUUUAAAACAUCAUCAGUCAUUUCAA